AUUUAAACAAAACAACUCCAGAAUAACAGCCAACCAACCGUGACUCACUUCUUGUGAAAAAUAUUAAAACAGAAAAAGUCAAAAGCUUGGUCUGCGUAUUCACGAAUUGAGGAAUCAUCAUUAUGGAAGACGUAGCCGGAAGCUUAGAAAAAAAUUUCCGCCAUGAACAAUCACCCGAUAAACCGUCGUCCACGUUUCAAUCAGAAAGAAGUCCAUCUCCGACAGAAAAGAAUUUUCGGAAAAGACCUGGAACGACGGACAAAGGGAAGAAGUACGAAAAUAUGAUAACUGCCAACAUCAUACUUCAUAUGGUAAACAUCGACAAAGUAAAAAACUUCUACGUUUCGUCGAACGAUGCCAAUUUUGGAGCAUUUGAUGAUGUCGUAAUAGAAAUUGAGACAGAUAAGGGGAGGCAAACAAAGGCAGUGCAGUUAAAACACAUCAACAAUCCAGGAACUUUAGGGAUACACCGACUAGCAAGCGAAAAGGGAGAUUUUAGCAUACAGAAAUAUUUCAAAUCGUUCCAGGAGAUAAAGAAGAAACCACAACAAUGUAUUCUGUUCACGAACCUUAAAUUUAAAGUUUCUGAAAACACAAAAUUUCAACUAGGUGGAAAAGAUUUUUCCGUAGAAUGUUAUAAAACAGAAAUUGCUGACGAUUGUUUGAAAGUUUCUCAAGAUAUAAAUUAUUGCCACAAAUUUCGAAUUGUAGCAGAAGAAAAUCAUGGAGAAACUCCUUCAGAACUUCAAGAGUUCAAGACAUUCCUUGAAAGCUUUAGUCUAUACACUAACCAACAAAGUCUCGAAACACUUGAAAAAUCAACAGCGAACAACUUCACGAAGACAUUCUGUUCGAAUCAAGAAACCUUCGAAAAGUACGUUAGAAUUAUAUCUGAUUGGGAUAUGUUAGAAGGAUCAAAAAUAAAGUUAGACAGGAAGUUGAUGCAACGUGCAAUUGCGCUUUGUCUGUUAUCUCCUUACGUCGAACAUUUUAUUUCUGGUCCAGUCAGCGACAAAAGCAAAAUUCUUCGACAAGCGAUUUGUUCAUUUGGUAUUACGCUGUUGGAAAACACCGAGUGCGAUGUGGUGAAAGAGUUGUGGGACGACUUGGACAAGAAUAUUGAUAUCAAGGAACUAAAUAGACUGAGAUCUUUUCAUCGUCUUUCUCCUAAUUAUAUAUCCAAGAUAGAAGAUGUAGAUGGAAAUGUGUUAGCGCAAUUGUUGUGGUUGAUGGAGAAACGUCCGCUAAUUUUAAAAGAACACGAAAAUAUCGAAAAAGCCAUUCAACUUUGUCCCGAUGGAAAAUUCGUGUUGCUUGGUGAAGGAAAAUGGAGAGAAUGGAUGAAAGGUCGCUCCGUGUUUCAGAACUUGUUGGAUUUGAAAUCAGAACACAGUUUAUAUGAAAGAGUAAUGCAGAAUUUUACCAUUUCCUUCCAAGGGAAAGCAGCGCUUAGUCUGAUAGACGCAUGUGGAGGAAAUGAAGAAUUCUUGAAGAAUAUUAUUGUAAACAAUCUUUUAGAAAUGAUAGACAGUCCACGCCUGGUAGACGGGGCAAAAGAAGUUCUUCCUAAUCCUUACAUCGAAAGGUAUUUGUCGUUAAAUGUUAUAGAUAGUAAGUAUUUAGGACAUGUUAAUCGUAAUACCGUCGUUAUUCUAAAUUGCGCAGAUAGUUCUAAUGAAAUAGAAAAACUUCCAAAUAUUAAACUGAGGAACAUCGACGAUUAUUUAAAUAAACCAGAAUGGACACGUUCUAAUGAUUCAAUUUUCAUUUUUAGUAAAAAUAAAUGUGGCGAAUCUGAAUUUGAGAAAGUAUGCUCUAAAACUCCAAAAUCAAAAACUGUACAUUAUUUCAAAUUUCUUAAAAACCACAUUUUAGAAUGGAUCCGGAGCAGAGGCGAUGUAGGAGAUUUGCAAAAUUAUAAAUUACUUCAUCAUUCUAAAAGCGAAAACGAAUUUUGGUCCUUCGAGAUCAAGAAGAAGAUUAAUUUAGUAGUAGGUGAUCCGGGGAUGGGUAAAACCGAGCUAGCAAAAAGUUUAAAAAAUAAGUGUUUUUCUAAAUACUGGACGGUAAUUAUUAGCCCUCAAGAAAUUAAUUUAUUCUUUAAACAACUAGAAGAGUGUCAAACAUCCGAUUAUGUAAACUUAUUUGAAAAAUUCAUCUCGUACACAAAAUAUCGAUCCCUUAGAAAGUUCGAUAAGGAAUUUUUUAAAAUGUGUUCCGAUCAACUGCGUGUUUUAUACGUGUGGGAUGCUCUUGAUGAAAUUUAUACUAAAUAUUUGAAAGAUCUAUCAGAUUUGAUCGUCUUGUUAUCAGAGCAAGGUUUCAUGCAAUGGGUUACCAGUAGAAAACACUUGAAAUCUUUCCUUGAAAAAAAAUUUAAUACAUUUUCGUUGAACAUAAGUCAGUUUAAUGAGCACGAACAAGAAGAUUAUAUUAGAAAACGUCUUAACUCUAUUAUUUCAACUGACAACAUAGAAACUGCUAUUCGAAAAAUUAAAUCUAGUUUUGCUUUGAUAAAACAUGUAGAUAUUUUAGGAAUUCCACUUCAAAUUUUCAUGCUCACAGAGAUAGUUCUUCAAAAUAACGACAAAUAUUUAAAAUUAUUUGGCGAUUCUUGGCUCUUAACUGAUUUGUAUCAUUACUUUAUUGAAGAGAAAUUCAACAUUUUCUACCGAAAUAAAUUGUGUCUUAAUAUACAGGAUUAUUAUUCAAGGCGUGUUUUUAAGAGUGACAAAGAAAAAAUCUUAACACAUUAUGAAAAACUCGCAGUUGACUUAAUAUUUUCCGACUGCGAAGAUAUUAAAUGUCAAGAAGGCACUGACAGCACUCACGAAUACGAAACCAUCGGUAUUAUAACUGGUCUACAAAAUAACACACCGGUUUUUGUGCAUGCAUCUUUUGCGGAAUAUUUGACUGCCGCGUAUUUCUCGAAAAAUUUUGAGGUUAUACCAGGAGAUAGGUUUUUCGAUCGAAAGUAUAACAACGUACGAUUUUUCUUUGAUAUGUUGUUGGCAAAAAACUCACCAGUUCACAUUGCAGUCUUGUACCGAAAUUUUGCCGCUUUAAAGAGCUAUGACGACAAAAUAUUAACAAGGAAAGAUGUCGGUGGAAGAAAUGCCUUACAUUUGAUUUGUUCGUGGGGACAAAGACAUUCGCGUCUGACUGUGAGGAGUUCUAAGAUAAAUAGAGAUUUUUCAUAUUUUAGUUCUGUCUUGGUGAAAAAAAUUUCCUUUUCGAAAAAAAUACCUAGUGUGCGGUACACUCUCGAUGACUACGAAUUUACUAAAGGGGAAUUAGAAACAAGGGAAUAUUUAAAUGCAGUGCUACACUUGUUUAGUAAAUGUAACAUGUCAGAACCGGACGAGUUAUUUAAAAUGACGCCAUUGUCAUAUGCUCGAGUCAGUGAAAGUUUAGGUGUGGAACUGGAAUUGCUACAGGCAGAAAUGUCACAAACAAAACAGUUGCAUAGUUGUUGUGAUAGAAUUAAUAUUUUAUAUUACAGUAGUUUUUUUGGUUAUGAGAAUGCGAUUAAAACGGUCUUUUCUAAAGAAUUAAGUACUUAUUACGAUGAAGUAAAUUUUAUUUCUAUAGUGAAUAAUGACACUGCGCUUACGUUGGCGUCCAAAAACGGACACACAGCAGUCGUUGAAUGUUUGUUAGAUCUAGGAACCGAAAUCAAUCGCUCUAAUAAAUAUGGUUGGACACCUCUUUAUGCAGCUACUUUUCACUGUCACGAAAAAACUGUCGAAUGUCUAGUGACAAGAGGAGCAAAAAUUAAUCAUACUGAUAACUAUGGUCGGACACCGCUUUACGCAGCUUCAUCUAACGGCCACAAAAAAACCGUCGAAUAUCUAGUGAAAUGCGGAGCCCAACUGAAUCGUGCUGACGACUUUAGUGAGACACCGCUUUAUGUAGCUUACUCGAGGGGCCACGAAAAAAUUGUCGAAUUCCUAGUGAAAUGCGGAGCUGAAACCAAUAGCGCCGAUGAAAAUGGUAGGACAGUACUUCACGCAGCUUCCUCGAACGGCGAUGAAAAAAUCGUUGAAUACCUAAUAAAAAACGGAGCUGAAGUCAAUCGCGCUGACAUUUUUGGCGAGACACCGCUUGAGGCAGCUGCCUCCAAUGCUCACUAUAAAACUGUCGAAUAUCUAGCGAAAUGCGGAGCCGAAAUCAAUCGUGCUGAUAAUAAAGGUGAGACACCGCUUUACACAUCUUCAAAGUUCGGUCACGAAAAAAUUGUCGAAUUCCUAGUGAAAUCCGGAGCCAAAGUCAAUCGCGGUGAUAAUGGCGGUCGGACACCGCUUUAUGCAGCCUCCAGGAACGGGCGCGAAAAUACUGUCAAAUGUCUAGUGAAAUACGGAGCCAAAAUCAAUCGCCCUCGGAAUAAUGGUCGGACACCACUUUAUGCAGCUUCUGCGAACGACAACGAAAAAAUUGUCGAAUAUCUAGCGAAAUGCGGAGGCGAAGUUAAUCGCACUGAUGAAAACGGUAAGACACCGCUUUACACGGCUUCCUCGAAGGGCCACGAAAAAACUGUCGAAUGCCUAGUGAAAAACGGGGCCGAAAUCAAUCGAGCUGAUAAAUAUGGUUGGACACCGCUUAAGGCAGCGUCCUGCAACGGUCACAAAGAAAUUGUCGAAUAUCUAGCGAAAUGCGGAAGCGAAAUAUGAAUAAGCCACAACUUCAUUUACGAAAAUACCCUAACAAUUACAACUCUUUUUUACAAAUAAAAUACAAUAUGCAAUAUAGUACACCAAGAUUUUAAUCCGGGAAUCGCGAGAUAAUUUUGACUUGUCACAGCACCGUUGUCCGUUUGCCACCAACCAUAAGGACUAGAAGAAAAUGAGUGCAAAUAACUGUCUUCCUUAUAUUAUACAACUUAUAAAUAACUUUUCUUCAUCAAACUGGUCCACUGUUGAUUUUGGAGAAUGUUUGUUGAUAGUUUUUCUUGGAGAACGAAUUUACAGGGAUUACAAGGUCUUUAGUCUCUUUUUCUUGCUUCAUAAAUAGAAUAACCUUAUAAAUUUUCUCCUUUCCCUGACUAUGAACUACUUUGCUGCUCAUGAACCAUAAAUUUAAACGAUUACAGAAAUUCAAGUGUAACUCCUCCCAAGGUAGUUUUGGAUAUUCCCAAGAAUUUAAUUCCACUUUAGGAGGAUUAUUAAAAUGUAAAGAACAAACUUCUCAUAAUUUGGUUAAUGAUUUCAUUAAUUCAGAACUAUCUGACGCAAACAGAUUCGACAUUGUAGUUAGAUAGUCCCAUGUCUUUAAUUAAAACUGUACUAGAUGUAAAUAACAAUACUUUGAAGUUUGACAUUUACAGUUAUAUGUUGUAAUUAAUUAAUUAUACCCAUGAAAAAUAACUCCUUAGUUUACUUUUACUCUUAUUUGAAAAUCCUUUUAUUAUCCGCUA